AAAGAGACUCGGGACUCCUGCCUCAGGAUAUUCCCCUUUCCAGAGAUGCUCUUGGCCAAAUCCAUCAUUCUGGUCUCCACGGCAUUACAAAUUCAGUUUUUCCCAUGCCACACUCAGCACUUCCAGUUUGUGAAGAUUGGGGACACGGUAGUGAUCCUGUGCAAUACAGGAGAAGAAGUUGAGGAUGGUGGACUGUCGUUCUCCUGGUACAAAAGGAGAAAUGGUGAAGUACCUGUCUUAAUCAAGACUUGCAGUGGUGACAAGGCAACAGGCACAUUUUUUUGCAGAAGUGGAAAAAAGAAGGUGGUGCUGGAAAUCCAAAGUGCCCAGAUGGAUGACACUGGUGUAUAUUUGUGUGCUGGAAGACAUAGAAACUUCUAUUUUGGAUCCUCAGUGGUUGUUGGAGACAGCUACAACCCAAGCACCACUGUGACACUUUUGCAUCCCACUGUGCAGGAUCCACCUUCACAGUUCACACAGAGCAGUGGCCAACUGGCUUGUGUGGUCCAUGGAGUCUCCAACUUGGUCCAGAUCUCCUGGGGCAUUUCUGGAGAUCCCCAGCCAGAGGUCCCAACGUUUCUGGUGAAAAACAGGACUGGUGUUUUGACCUUUGCCAGCCUCCUUCCCCUCCCAGUAGAUGUGCAUGACAGUGGGAAGAAUUUCACAUGUGAAGUCAGAUUCAACUCUUCCAGCACCAGUGUGAAGAAGAGCAUCACGUUCAACAACCGCUCUUCUGGAAAACUUGAAGAUUCCUGUCCAAAGUACAUUGUGUCCCUGGUUGUUGUGGGUGUGCUGAUGCUUCUGAUGCUUUUACUAGGUUUCUUUUGUCAUCUCCUCUGCCCUUCCAGGCUAGGAUUCCAGUCCAGGAUCGCUGAACCUGGAUCUUCAGCUGAACCAGAGGAAGGUCUUUGCUAUGCCCAGCUGGAUUUUCCAUUGAGGAGCGAAGACAAGAAGAAGCGGAGAGGAGCUUUGCAAGGACGAGAUGGAAAGAUCUGAAGAUGCCAGUGAUAGGUUGAUAGCCAGUCAGUGGAUUAACCUUGUACAGUAGUUGGAUCUGGUGGGCAAGAGGAAUUCAUGCACCCAGGCCUGCGAGAGACUGAAUACGACUUUUCAAGCAAGAUGCAGUGUCUCACCCCUUAGUUUCCCCUUUAUAACACUGAAGCAAACUUAGCCACUCUGUGUGAAAAUGAAUGAAAAGCACUGUGAUGAUGUACAGAACAUGCUGAAAUACCAUUACAGAAAUUACCUCUAGCCCAUUAUUCUCUCCCCCCCCCCAAUUACCCCCUGUCUUUUGGCUAAUCUGGGCCCUUAUCAUGAGUUAAUGGACUUCUUGAUCAUGUCACAGGCCUGGGAAAUCUGUAGAGCUGCCAAGGUAGGAUUUAUUAAUCACUGUUUAUUACUUAUCAGAAUCAUUCAUAUUCUAUCUUCCACUUACGAAAGCAGUACUGUUAGAGCUUAGAAAUGUGCCUUUGGGGGACUACAUGCUCUAAAAUUCUUACUGAUCAUGCUGGCUGACUGGGGGAUUUCCCAAAUACUUGUAACUAGCAAUCUAACAGACAGCAGCAUUCAAAAGAAAACCAAAAAUUCUACAAUUAAAUAACAUGAAACAAACAAACAAACAAAAACCAGAAGCAAGCCAGCCAAUAUUUAAACAGGAUGCUUGAACCACAUCUCUCAAGGGAUUUAGGGACUAUCUGACAGGUACUCUGCAACAUCAUUUGGCUCUCAGAAACCCACCCAAAGUGGUCUCAGCAUUAUUUGGCUCCCUGAUCCUCAGCUUUGAAAAUGUCCUUCCUGUCUUACAGCACAUUUACUUGUCUGUUUGUCCUCCCCUUUUCCGGCUACAGACCGAAAGCCCAAACAAUGCGCUUCCUUGGACAUUUCCCCAAGAAUGUUAAUUUGUCAGGCUACUUCAGUCUGAUGUUUUUACCAGUCAGAAGCUUUGAAGAGCUGAUCUUUUAUCCUUCCCCUCUGAAUCUCCUCUAGUUUCCUUUCUGAUGAUAAAUGUAAGGGGCUAGCAUCCUUCAAAAUAAGUAAACAAGAAUCCUCUAAAAGUACCCACAUAUUGCACACUAUCUCCUUUGUGUAUUUUCAAGUCUUAAAAUAAAGUCUUUUUUGCAUUUUAAAAAUAAUUUAUUUCCAUGUGAGAAAGGAGACACUCUUCAUACAGAUGCAUUGGGAGUACAGACUACUGCACCCAGACUGAUAGGAUCAAGUUCUAUAUUACCGAGAGCACAUAAUUAGAAGAUGGAUAUUUUUCCCAUGCUGAAAGCACUCGAUCACUACCACAAGAGCUUUUCACUCCUCCUACAGUUUGGAAAUUAUCUUGUUUUAUUUUGUGAUUGGUCUUCCGGACAUAAACUAUCUGUUUGCAAAUGUGAUUUCUCAGCUAAAAAUGUUUUGCUGGAAUCACAUCUGUAGAAAACUAAGAAUGCCAGAAGUAUUAUCUGUAACACAUUGUUUGUUCCUUGCGUUACCAUCAGUUCUGUGCUCCCUAGCCCAGCCCUAGGCCCCAACCUCACUCUAAAGCUGACAAAAUGCAUUACAACCCACCUCUUCCCCUUCCUAUGUGUUUGCAAAACCUCAGACUGUUUAUCCUCUACACCAGUGGUUCCCAAUCUUGGACUGCAAUUUCCAGAAGCCUUCACCACCAGCUGUGCUGCUUAGGGUUUCUGGGAGCUGCAGUCCUAGAACACCUGGAUUACCCAAGGCUGGAAUCCACUACCCUACACCAAACUGUGAAACUCUUUAUUUCAGCCCAGACACAAACAGAUGAUGUUCACCAAGAAGCAAGGAGCUGUCACAAACAGAUAUUGAAAAUAUCGGAUUUAUCUCUAGGGCCCAGGCAUCAUAACAAACUAGCUGGGCAUCCAGGAUGCCAAACUUCAAGGCAAGUUAAAGGCUUUGGAGAGAGGAGGAUCGCUAACUUCAGUUUGGAAUGUCUCCAAUGGCACACAUAUAUAAAACUUGCAGUGAAGGAAUGAUCUUAUAAUCCAGUGCAAACAAUGUGCCUGUCAGCCUAGUGCAUAAAUGGCAAGAUUUCUUCUCCAGUAGUUAAUGGAUUGCAUACUCUGUUUCUUAACUAGAUUACUUCAUUUCCUGGGGAAAAUUAGGUUUCACAUCCUCCUGUGCUUGGACUCCCUCUUCCCCAGCAGGUGUUUCUGUUUUUGCUAUGAAUGUCUUUCUUCCAUAAUGAAGAAUACUGCAGCCAGUUCCAUUAACCAACACAAAAGCGGAAGAGUCUAAGGUAUUCUCUGAAUGAUCCUCAGAAAGAGGGAAGUAGACAAUGGCAGUGACAAAAACCAACGUAUUAUUCCUACUAGCUGGGAUUCUUCAGAGCAUAUCAGGAAAAUCUGCUGCAGAAAUGAUAUUUAUGUACGAGGAAGAACAUGGAAAUCAUUCUAUUUCUAUCAAUGGAAGUGCUGAAGAUGAAUUCUCCUAUGAGGACUAUUAUGAUGCCACCUCCACAUAUGAUUACACCAACAACAGCAGUAUCGGUUAUCCGGAGCCUGAAACUGAGAGAGAGGGAAAAAAGACGUCUAGAAACUCCUCAGGGGUUUUACAUCAAUGUCACUGGAUGUUUGUCUUCUCGACCCUUCCUCAUUUCCUGUACUUUCUCCAGAAAGAAUUCUACAUGUCAUUUUAGAAGAUAUGAUGGAAGAACACUAUGCUUUGGUGAACAGAUUGUUAAAUGACUUCCUAUCGUCCAAGAGGAACUUUAUUUACUCAGAGAAUCCAAAUCCUACUUUCUUUUAGCACUUCAAAGACCAAAAGAACUGUACAAUUCUGGAAAUGUGCUUGAUUUUCUUAUAUAGCAAUACAACGUGACCCCCAAGUGAUGUUGAAUGUUACUGGUGAUAUUUGAAGCUUGAAAUCAUCACACAUGAUUCUGAAAAAUAAUACCUGCUCAAAAUUAUUUUUAGAUACCUGAGUUCCUUGUUGCACUAGUAAUAUAGGAAACAUUUCAUCUUGAGAUCCCCAUGGUUUGUUCCUGCACCAGUGCCACCAUUGUAUGACAGGUUAAAUUAUGUAUGCAUUACUACAGUCCCUGUUUUCAACAUGCCAUGUGGGUUGGUGGACCAGCUCUGCUGUGAAGGCGCUCUUCCUAUAUUAUAAAAUUGCACUGUGCAACCCAUAAACUGGACAACACUGCACAGAGGAAAACGGUGAGGCAGCACAGGUUUUAGUCUCUUUCCGUUCUUUUUCUGUAUAUUGUGGACAAGAACAUUAAAUGUGUUGAACGCCAAGCUAUUCAGGACAAUAUAUUAGCACACUAGGCUUAGAGUCAAGGCAGACAAUAUGCUUAGCUUGGAUAUUUUUUUAAAGAGGUCCCUCAUCAAAUGGAGAAAGAUCUCUGUAUGUCAGAGCACAUGAUUUUCCACAACGAUGUAUUUUGCAUUCAGCACACCUUGUUUUGUGACUGGAAAUUAAUUUGCAAGUCUGAUUGAUGGGGCAAUCAUCUGUGAGGAAAUCCCGUAGUGGAAGGGAAGAUGUGUUAAUCAGAAAAAAAAAUACACAUUUCCAUUAACAUCUAGUCUGACACUCUACUUUUAUACAAGGUAGUUGUGUAAGCUACAUACCAUUGCUAAUGAAUGCAAAAAUACAUUGCUUUUCAAAACAGGUGACCAGACUGCUCCUGAUCAGAACCUUCUUUUCUCAGAUUUUCUCAGAUUUUCACUACAAGAGUGCAAAGAUUUUUCUAGCUUAAAAACUGUUUGCUUUUGUACCUUCCCCUUAUUAGUAUAACCCAAUCCACACCUGAACUUGUACUCUAAAUGUGUCCUCUUGAACACAACGGUUGUGGGUGUAACUCUAUUAAUUAUUUGCCCACAGCAGGAAAUAAAAACUGAACCUUAAACAGCAAUGUUUACAUUCUACUCAGUAAAUCAAUCAAUUCA